AUGUCUUUCCAAGUCGCCGAUGUUGACAAGAACCUCAUCCACGGGGCAUUGAUUCUGACCCCCAAGCCUGAACAUAUUGAUGAGAUCUGUUCCGAGCUGUCGAAGCUUGCCAAAUGGAUCGAAGCCAACGAGCCUGGCACUCUCGUCUUCUCGAUCGCCCAGGCCCACUCCAUCAAGGAGAUUGGCGGUGAGGGUCCCACGACCAUUGGGGUUACUGUCGUGUUUGCGAACCAAGCUGCUGCCGAAGAACACCGGUCUUCCCCCAAACUGCAGGCUUUUAUUGCCAAGGGCAAGGAGGAGAAUAAGUUGACUGGCCCCCCUGAAAUCCGGUCUUUGACUCCCAGCGGUGGAUUCCUGCGCAAGCCCCCUCAGUAGGGGCUACUGGAGGUAGAUGCCGAGACUUUGGGCCAGGGGUUCUUGUGUUGAUGUUCGACUGGUCAAUACAUACUUAGCUGGAUGGGAGAAGCUGAGUAUAAUCAAUCAUAUUACUGAUCGUAUAUUAAAUCGAAA